AUGCGCCUCUCCCACGCGCCCCUGGUCUUGCUCCUCACCACCACAACCGCGGCAUCCCUCCACCAGACAUGCGGACGCCCACCCACCUCCCUCUGGGCCACUCAUUACAAUGGCAAUGUCUACACCCUCGCAUUUGAUGGCCAUAAUCUGACACUUUCCGACACUACGAAGACCUGCGGGUUGAUGCCGAGCUGGUUAACCUUUGACCCGGAGACGCGAACCGUGUACUGCUCCGAUGAGGACGGCACUGCGGAUCCGAGUACGCAUGGCUCGCUGUGGGCGUACCAUGCGGGGAGUGAUGGGCACUUGCACCAGAUUGCGAAAACGAAUACCGUCGGUGGUGGCGUGAAUAGUGUGAUCUAUGAGGGCAACAAGGGGGAGAAAUUCCUUGCCAUUGCGCAUUACGAGGGCUCGGCGCUCUCAACUUUCGCUCUUCCACUCCAGGACAAUGCGCCUGCCGUCCAAGAACUCCGCUUCAAUAUGAGCCAUCAGGGAGCGACCGCGCAACAGGAUGCGCCCCACCCGCACGAGGUUUUCCUCGACCCGACAGGCUCCUUUAUUGUGAGCCCCGACCUGGGUGCGGACCUGGUUCGUGUCUACUCGAUCGACGGUGGGUCGGGGAAGCUGGAGCAAUGUCCCCCCGUCAACGUCACUUUCGGCAGCGGUCCCCGCCAUGGAGUGUUCUGGACCGAUGGGACGAACAACGAGAGCCGGUCGGCUGGAAGCCAGGACGGCUCGCCGGAGCGCUUUCGGCAAGUCGCAGCGGUCGGGAAGACGAUGAUGUACCUAGCGAACGAAAUCGGUGGCACCGUGAUGGUGUUUGAUGUCGCCUAUGCGCGAUCGGGUUGUCUCUCGUUCCAGAAGACGCAAACGCUCGUGCCCUAUACCAAUGGCACGAUGCCCAAGGGCGCUACCCCUGCUGAAAUUCGGAUGGUCGGAAAUGAACUCUACGUCUCGAUUCGGACCGACCAGGCCUUCGCCCCGAAUGAUAGCAUGGUCACCCUGGAUCGAUCCCCGCUCAAUGGAGCCGUCUUGCUCCGGGACAAGACUCCGUCAUACGGCAAGGUGCCGCGGACCUUCACGAUCAACCGAGCCGGGGAUCUGGUGGCCAUUGGAAACCAGGCUACCGCCACAGUCGCGAUUGUACGUAGAGACCGGGAAACGGGUCAGUUGGGGGAGGAAAUUGCGGUGCUUCAGGUGGGGGAGCCCGGGAAAGUGGGCACUGCGGAAGGCCUGAGCAGUGUGAUCUGGGACGAGUAA